AUGGCUCCAACACCCGAGUCCGCAGCUUUCCUUGCGAAGAAACCCACGGUUCCCCCAACGUUCGACGGCGUUGAUUACGACGAUAAUACCCGCCUAAAGCAAGCUCAAGAUGCAAUCAUUCGGGAACAAUGGGUGAAGACGAUGAUGGCGCGAUUGGUUAGGGAGGAGUUGGGGCGGUGCUAUUAUCGGGAGGGUGUCAAUCAUCUAGAGAAAUGCGGCACUCUACGAGAACGAUAUUUCGAGCUACUUAAGGAGUCUAAGAUCCGCGGUUAUCUGUUCGAGCAACAGAAUUACAUCUCGAAGUAA